ACUGUUUUUGUUCGGAUAAGAAUAAUACUAAGAACAUCGUAACAAAGAAAAUAAAACAUAUGGAAUACUUAAAUAUAGAAUGGUCACUCGAGAGGAAAAUAAAAUAUAAUAUCUCGAGAAAAGCUAUAAAAAGGAGAAACUAAAAUCUUAAAUAACAAAUACAUCUUUGUUUCUUAGAGACUUUAGCAAAAUACUACAAUUUACGACUUUGAAUAAAGGACUUUAUUAUCCUAGGCUAAACUAAAUAUUCCCUUUUUUAUGGCUUUUCUUCUAACCAGGCAACGACUACGACGCCAUGUGUUAAACACAUGGUUAGUUUCACUUUUCCGAGAGAAAAUUAAGCGAAGGCGUCACUUUUACUUUUGAGUCCCACUCUUGAAGAAAUCGACCAAUUAGAAAUCAUUCUUAUAAUAAAUCCAACCCUAAAGCUAAAAUCUCCCCUCUAAAAUAAGUUAUUAACUCGAUGUAAAACUUAGGAAAAUUAAGAUAUAGCAGUAAACAAGUAACUCCUGUAUAUGAAACAUCUUACAAUAUAUCCCAUAUAACUUGCAUAUAAAAUCUCAUCAUUCAUAAUACCGAAUGCCAAAUCCUCAUCCUAACUAGUAUAAAUUAAUAAUAAUAUUAAUUAUUAUUCACGAAAGUCCGUAACAGGAAUACUUUCGUAUUCUUUAGCGAAUUUUAAAGAGCCCGCCGAUCUGAGCCGAAUCUAACUAUAAUAUUGAGACAUCUACAGCAGUAAAAACUUACUAAACAUCGGAUCAGAUCAUAACACACGCACAAGAUCAGAUGAUUAUAUUAUGUGUGUAUACGUUCUUACCAGAGGUUAGUAUCUGUCAAAAUUACGACACAGUUGUUGAUAUGAACUGUAUCUUAUAACACUGCGUAUGUUCAUGUUGAGGUAUGUGCAUUAACAAUUACAUGAAUACUGACUUUGAUGUACACCAAGUAUCAUUUUGAUUGUUUUCUUUACACAACGAUUAAAAACUUAUUUGAUAGUGCGUGAUUAGUCACUAGUGAUACCAGAAUUACUGAGAUAUCAUAAAAUGAUUAAUAAAUUUCGUUGACAUUGGAAAAAAAAAUAAUGGAAUGGUAAAAUUAUAGGAUACAAUAUUAUCGUGAUGUAUUUUAAUUAUGAAUAAAUUAAAAAUAUAUAAUAGUUGAAUUAAUAAAAUGGGAUCUAGAUUGAGACAAAAUGUUAAACAUUUAUUUGAGUGUUUUUGUGAAGUGGCUGCUCCAGUUGGUGAAAAAUCAGCAUGGAUUUUACAGAGAUAUCCAGAAUCAUUUGCAGAUAAUGAAAUCUUAAAGUCAGUUCCGAAAUUUUCUUAUCCAUGUGAAUUCGAAAAAACAACUGUGCAGCAUUUUUCAUUUGUUCUCACAAGUAUUGAUUCUAAAUGGACUUUUGGUUUUUGUCGACAUGAUCCGAAAACUGAAACUGCUUUAGUUAUCUUGAGUUCACUCCCGUGGCAUGAAAUGUUUUAUAAACUUUUAAAUCAUAUUGCAUCACUCACAACAAGCAGUAAUAGCGGAGAUUUAUGGAAAUUUUUUGGAGAUGUUUAUGCAAGUAAUAUUCCUAUGCCUGGAACGUCAGUUACUAUUCCUUUACCUGAUCCAAAUAUUACAUUUUGUUGUCAAAGUCCACGUCAAUUUGAGCUUCCUAGUAUACCAGAAAACCGAAAUUUAACCGAGUAUUAUAGUGCAGUUGAUUCACACAAUAUGAUUAUGAUAUUUGCAUCAAUGUUAUAUGAACGUCGUAUAAUAUUUACGUCUAAACGACUAUCAAGGUUAAGUGCCUGCGUUCAAGCUUGUAAUGCUUUAAUAUAUCCAAUGAUCUGGCAGCAUAUAUAUAUACCAGUUUUACCUGUAGCUCUAAUAGAUUAUUUAUUAGCACCUAUGCCAUUUUUGAUUGGUGUUCCUACUUCGAUUCUUGAGCGAGUACCAAGAAACGAUUUGGGUGAUGUUGUAAUACUUGACGCUGAUAACAACACCAUAGAAUCACCAUUUCAGGAUUUAGAAUCAUUGCCUCAAGAUGUUUUAAAUAAUUUGAGAAAAGCUUUACGCAAUAGACCGGCUCUUCUUGGUGACGGGGUGUCUAGAGCAUUUUUACGUGCAUUGGUCCAACUUACUGCUGGAUAUCGAGAAGCACUUACACUUCAACAAGGAGAACGGAUAACAUUUGAUCAAAAUGCAUUUGUUGAAAGUCGACCAUAUUCAAUGCAGCCAUUUCUACGAAAAAUGUUAGAAUUGCAAAUUUUUCAGCAAUUUAUAGAAGAAAGAUUACAUAUGCUCAAUUCUGGACUCGGAUUUUCUGAUGAAUUUGAAAUGGAAGCGUGUAACUAUUCAGAUAAAUCAACUAGUAAAAUUAUCCAACAGUAUCGAGAGUGGACUACUACAAUGAAAAAAGAAGGAUCUGCAUUUUUUCGUAGUGUCAAAGAUAAGGCGAAUCCGGCUGUGAAAAGUGCUGUUAAAUCAGUUAAAGAUAAAGGAAAAAAUAUGAAAACUGUUUAUAAAGGCUUAAAAUGGAAAAAUCGGUCCCGUGGAAAUGAAAAUAGUAUACGUUUUCAUCAACCUCGCUCAGCUCCUAGUUCACCUACAUCUGACAGAAAGCUUAAUAUAUUUGGCUCUGGUUUUAAAUCACCCAGUGGAUUCACCGCGACAACUAGUUAUAGAAAAGAGCUUAGAUUGCGCAACAGUAAUAUUCCUGAUACAAGUAGGAAACAGUACUUCCCAUUGAAUCCAAGUUCACCAGAAGAAUCAGAUUCUCUUCCAGAAAGAUUGAAUAUAGACUUAAUGAAUGAACUUCAAGAUGUGAUAUUUCCAAGUACACCAACAGUAGAUAGAACGUUGAAACCAGUACGCAGUUUAGACAGUUUACGAUCUGCAUGGACUGGGCGCUUGAGGCACGGCUCACCUCCCUCUGUACCUUCCAAUGAAACCUUACCAAACAAAAACUUUCAAUCUGUUUCUUUAUCAUUAAAAUCGCCUAGUAAUAUUGUUUCUAAGGUAGAACGUACUGAGGAUUCAUAUGAUAACCAAAUCAAAAAAUUUAACAACCAAAAUCCGACCAUAUUUUUUACUAAGCAAAAACUAUCACAAACAGUUGCUACUGGCAGUAUAGUUAAAAAAAAUAAUGAUUUAAUAAAAUUAACAAAUCCGUUUAUUAACUUUGAUGAAAGAUUAAGUCGAAGUAAAGGAUUGGACUUGGACAAUCCAUUCGCAAAUGGUAUGAUUGGGAAAGAAUAUGAUCCCUUCGAUACGUCUCAAAUACAUACCCUUCUUAAUAGUUCUUUCAGCGAUCCUAUCAUGCAUAACCCAUUGAAAAAAAAUAAUUCCUUAUCAAAUAAUGAGUUGUCCUCAUGCUCUGCACAUUUGAAGGAAACAGGUGCGGUGCCAGAUUUAAUUAGACUGGAUUCAACAAAUAGCGAUGAAGAUAUUGAUCCGAUUUUGUCAAAAUCUUUUGUAAACACCAAUCAAAUGUCUCAAUCGCUCCAUAUACCUACAUCAAGUGAAGGCUUAAGUAAUCCUCUCUAUCCUUAUUUUUUACCUCGACAUAAUAAUACUGACAACAAUGAUGGGGUGGAAAAGAAUUCUAAAGAUGAACUGGGUGAUUUAGAUCUACUUCAAGAGUAUGGGUUAGAUUUUCAUAAAUUUAAUUUAACAAAUGGUACAUCUUCAACAAGGAUAUCAGAAGCCACUAAUAACUUUGAUAAUGUUUUUGGUUUAUCUUUUCCGACAUCUACGGCGAAAUCACAAAAUCAUUGGACAAAAUUCGAAUAAAAUUUUUAUAUUUGUGAUAUUAUUAUUGUUUGACAUAUCAAUAUAUUGUAUAUAGAUUAAAUUGUUUUGUUAUCUUGAUGUUACGCCAAAAAAGACAAUUAAGUAAGCUUUAAAAUUUCGAUACUUUGUUACUUUUUAGUAUCGUUAGUGAUGUUUUAUAACUAUUACUCUGGCAGUGAAAGUAAUUGAAUAAUUUUACGGCAUCUUUGAGAAACUUAGAGGAUUUUCAAGGUUGCAAAAGAUAUAGACUUACAUUGUAGAACAUGGAAAAAAAUAUCUAUGAAAA